AGAAUGAAUGAAUCACUUCAUUUUAAUUUUAAGUGUGGAGAGGAAGGAGUUGUAGACAAAAGUAGCACUUGUUUCUCUCCAUGGAGCAAAGGAAGAAAGGGAGUAUUUGGAGUGGCUAUUUCUGUAAGGCUUGGGUAAGAAGAGAGGAAAAAUAAAGGGAGAACAUCCCACCAGACAGGAGCUUGGGAGGCUGAAGCACUGCACUUCUUGUUGGGCAGGGAAUUGCCAAAGAGCUGGAUGAGCCAAGAAAGUCACAGAGAUAACAGAUGGCGGAGAGGCUGUUCACAGGAGCUGGUGAUUCUGAAGACUGCCAAGUCAUCAUGGCUCAUGCUACUAUUUAUGUGGGGUUUACUGUUCCUCAGUUACUGAGAGGUGCUAGCAGAAUUUUUCCCACUCAUUCUGCAUUGGUGGUGAUGAGGCACUCUGAUUUUUGUUACUGCACGGUAAACGGCACAAUAAAAUCAAAAAGGAAAAUGGAUCAUCUAGAGAGAACAGCAAAUAAUUUUCGCCAGGAGGUAAUUUCACAAGCAAAAGUGUGUGGAAUCGCCAAUGAAUCGGAGACAGUCAAAAGGCUUCGUUUGGCUAUUGCAAAUAAAGAUUUUACUUUCAAAGCAGGACAGUGGGUUGAUUUCUUUAUUCCUGGAGUAUCUGUAGUUGGGGGAUUCUCAAUAUGCUCAAGCCCUGGCCUGUUGGAACGAGAAGGAAUAUUAGAGCUGGCAGUAAAGCACACUGUUCAUCCUCCUGCUCACUGGAUUCACACUGAGUGUACUCUUGACUCAGAAGUGGCUCUGCGAGUGGGAGGUGAUUUCUUCUUUGAUCCUCAGCCUGGUGACUCCCCUGUAAAACUAGUGCUGAUAGCAGGGGGUGUUGGAAUUAAUCCAUUGUUUUCUAUACUGCUGCAUAUAGUAGAUCUUCAUGGAUACCAAGAGGGUAAAGGAAACGGAUACAAAAUGGGAACAGUGAAGCUGUACUACAGUGCAAAAAAUACAAGUGAACUCUUAUUUAAGAAAAAUAUUCUCGGUUUGAUGAAUGCAUUUCCUGGAAAGAUCACAUGUCAUUUCCAUGUUACCCAACAGAGUUCACAGAUCUGUAAAGAACUUCAGCCACAUGUUACAGAGGGAAGAAUAUCUGAAAAGGAUCUAGAAAAACAUGUAUCUAAGGAUACUUUAUGGUACAUCUGUGGUCCACCUCCAAUGAUAGAAUCUAUAUCCAAACAACUGUCUAACAUUGGUGUUCCUAGAAACUGUGUUUUCUUUGAGAAAUGGUGGUAGUGACACCUGCUGAACAGAAAAUGUAUUAUUUGUUUCCAGUAUAUUUUGAUAAGCUAAAAUGUACAGAAAUGGACUAUGAAUUAUUUGGAAGAUUUUAUUUCAUACAUGAAGAUGUCCUCAAUCAUGAUAGUGUUCCUUUAAUUUAACUAUAAUACACCUGUAAUACAGUGCUGCUGCUUUUGGGGAAAAAAAGUGAUUUUUAUAUUAAAGACAUUAACUGUUCUGUUUUUUUGAUGGUUUGCUUACUUCUUAUGGGUAGCAGUAUAUUUUCAUUUUAUACACUUGUUUUGUUAGUCAGCUUUUGAAAGACUUUCAGUGUAGAGAAUUAGUUGUGCAGCAAUGCCAGGUCAGUUUAUAAUAAAUAAUAAUUCAGGCCACAACUUCUGAAUCUGCUCCAAAUUAUUGUGCUAAUGAGUCAACACACUGCCUUCCCCAGUUCUGUAUAAUAAAUAUUUUUAUAGAAGUA